GAAAGACCUUUACUCCUUUAGUCCAAUACCAUCCAAUCAAUCUUUUUCUUUUUUUUUAUAAAAAUCUCUCACUGAGUCUUUUUAUUUAAAUAUUAUAAAAAGGAGAGAGAAAAAAAGUUUGUUGGAGGAUUCGUCUCUCUCUCUCUCUCUUUCUCUUUCUCUCAUCUUCUUCUUAUCUCCCUCCAAAGACGGCGACUGUAUAAUCUAUCAUUUCUUCACAGUAACGCUUUCAUCGGAAGAUCUCGCCGGAAAAAAACUUCUCUCUGAGAUCAGAUCUCUUACGAUUCUCAGCUCAAUCUUAUCUUUUCCUUUGUUGUGCUGCUUUUCACUCUCUUCUGCGCGACGAAUUUGGCCUUGUUUUUUGUUUGUUUGUCGUAUCCGACGCGGAGGUAUUGAGAAACCGUGGCUUAAGACGGAGGAAGAAGAUGGAAGCUAACGGGAUUGAGAACUUGACGAAUCCGAAUCAGGAAAGAGAGUUUAUAAGGAGACAUCAUAAGCAUGAGCUUGUGGAUAAUCAGUGUAGCUCUACGCUUGUUAAACAUAUCAACGCUCCUGUUCAUAUUGUGUGGUCACUUGUGAGAAGAUUUGAUCAGCCACAGAAGUAUAAGCCGUUUAUCAGUAGAUGUGUGGUGAAAGGAAACAUGGAGAUUGGUACAGUAAGAGAAGUUGAUGUGAAAUCUGGACUACCAGCAACUAGAAGCACUGAGAGAUUGGAGUUACUUGAUGACAAUGAGCAUAUUCUCAGUAUCAGAAUCGUUGGUGGUGAUCAUAGACUUAAGAACUAUUCUUCAAUCAUCUCUCUUCACCCCGAGACUAUAGAAGGAAGAAUAGGAACACUUGUGAUUGAGUCAUUUGUGGUUGAUGUACCAGAAGGAAACACAAAGGAUGAGACUUGUUACUUUGUUGAAGCUUUAAUCAAAUGCAAUCUUAAAUCUUUAGCUGAUAUCUCUGAACGUCUUGCGGUUCAAGACACGACAGAAUCGAGAGUCUAAAGAUCAAAGGAGUAAGAAACUAUUGAAUCAGAGAGAUUUUGGUUGCCAUGGAUGAAGCUCUCAAAGGGAAAAAGAGAGAGUGGGUGAGUUUCUUUGAGGAUGGACAAGGCAAAAAAAGUAUCAUCAUUUAUCCAGUUACAUAAUAAGUUUCUCAUUUGCUAUUUUUGGGGUCAUUUCACUUUCAAACCCUCUUUUUAAUUUCAUGUGUCUAAUUUAAUGAAUGUGUUUUUGGUUUCUUCUCUAUAGAACCAAAAUAUGAUUUUGGAGUUUAGCUUUAGCAACUUGCAGGAAUCUUUUUACAAUUUGCAGAGAAGACAUGUUAAAAGUGUGUGUGAUCAUGGGGUUCCACUCUCUUCUUCCUUUUUUAACACUUUUAGUUGCACCCAUAAAGGCCACACACCGUCUUUCUUAUAUUUAUUUUUUCUACUUUUAAAGAUGAACCAAUAGGGUUUGUGAGAUGUGAAAAAUCUCCACAAAGGACCAUUAAGGAAAGAGAUCUUUGUUGUUGUUUAUAGAUUUUGUCUUGACUUGUGAUUGGGGAAACACACUUUAGCUCCAUUAGCUGUAAAAAGUUUUGUAUACUAUUUUUACAAUGCCAAAGUGUUUCUGUUUCUUUUUUCCUAAAUUACAGUAGUGGAUAAAUAUUCGAAUCGGUCACAUUGACAGGUGGUAUCAUUAGAAUUGCUUCUAUAUGUUUUCUUUCAAUUUUGUUCCAAACAAUACAUGUAAUUUCAUCAGAGGACCUUGUAAGCUGCA